CCAUCUCUUAUUUGCAUAUUUUGAGAAUGGGCAAACGCAAGAAGUCAAGCCGCCAACCCCAGCAGCCCAAAAAGAAAGAGCCUCUUCCGAGCACGUUUGCAUGCCUUUUUUGCAAUCACGAGAACUCGAUUGUGGUGAAGUUAGACAAAAAGCUGGGCUUGGGUCAUUUGUCCUGCAAGGUUUGCGGACAAAGAUUCCAAACUGGCAUCAACUAUCUUUCCGCUGCUGUCGAUGUAUACUCCGACUGGGUUGAUGCUUGUGAUGCUGUUGCCAAGGACACAGCUAGUAAAUAUGAAGCCGAUGAAUAUGCCACACGUCCCAGUCCUCGGACCUAUUCACCGGAAGGCCGCGGCAUUGGCGUCGCAGAGCCUGCCAGCGACUUGGGGGAGGACUGAUGGGAUUACUGCACAUAGGACAUCCCUCUCUAAAAUGCGAAGAUUUCAUGAAUUCCCGCCUUAUAUAUCAGAUUUCGCCUAGGUACGAUGCCCUGACGAUUACACCUGGCCGCACAGCUGUGCUGCAUAAGUGUUGGUUCUUGCUGUUUAAACAGAUUCAGUUCAUACAGUAUGCCUAGGGAACCUCGUACUUCUAUGAGACUAGUACUACAGAGUAUAGUAGCGGUCGCCAAAGU